AAAACGUCUGGUUAUUUAAAAAAAAGUAACCAUUCAUUUUGUUUCAAUUUCAUUACAAACUUUAAAAUGCUUCAUAAAUUACUGUUGAUUUUUAUAGCUUCUGGUUUGGUAGCGGCCAACACUACAAUCACCUCAGCUCAACCAUCGGCGCCAUCAACAAUACAGGCGACACCACAGGUCGCAGCACAGGCUGCGGUUCAACCCGUGGUAACUGAGAAUACGGGAACAUCCGCUGCCAUCACUACUCCGAAGACUGCCAUCAACUUCGAACAGGCGAAGAACGAUAUCAUCCGCAAUAUUCGACGCCAAUAUGCGAUUCUUCAUACCCUCACCAAUGAGUUUAAGGCCAUUUGGAGGAAUGAGACGGCCUAUGCUGAGGGCGUCUAUAAGAACAUAACCGACAAUCUUAACUAUUAUAUCACAGACCCCGACGACAAAGAGACGGCCGAAUUGGACGCAUCUUUGUCCUCAUUUUAUCCUUUUGGCGGAAAGGAAAGCGAUUAUAUCGACACCAUUGAGAAGAUGAAUGAGUACUGCAGAGAAGGCAUGAGACGCGCCAAACACAACGCAACACAGAACAAGUGA